ACUGAAAAUCACACAAGGGAGUGUCACAAGAAGAAGAAGAUACUAGGAUGUCCCAUAAUUUCAGCAGAGGAAUUGAAAAUAAGAAGUGAGCUUGAAAUGGAGAUUGAGAAGCAUUUAGAAGACGAGAUCAAGGAUAGUAUCUACUGCCUGGCGCUUCGGUUGCGCAGGAUUUACAAGCAGAGGAAGGAGAGGAACAAUGCAAAAUAUGCAUCUGAAUAUGGCAACAACCACCAACUAUUACUAAAUGAUAAUAACAUCAUAAGAAUUAGUAACAAUGGAACAUUUUCUGGGGUGAAUAUAAGGAUAAGAAUGGAAGGGGGAAGAAGAACAAAGGUUGAAAUUAAAGAUGUUGCAAAAAGGGUUUGUCCAAAAACUGUUGUGAAAGAAGUGAAUGGUUUUGGUGCAAAAAAUAAAAAGUUUGAUUGGGUCAAUACACUAAGAGAAGGUUCUUCAAGUCCUGUUGUUGCUGCUGUCAACAGAUCAAAUGGAGGGUCAAAGUCAAAGCACAAGAGUUUUGACCUAAAGAAUGUUUUCUCAAACUCUAAAUUGGAAUGUGGGAAGGGAAAGAAUAAUGGUGGAUCCCCAUGCCAAGGAAAAAAGAGUGCAAGUGUGGACAAGGAGAAGAUACUUCAAUUGGAGUGAAAAUUUUGAAAAAUCUUGUUUGGGGUAUGUGCUGAUUUUUGUUUGGCCUUUUCUUUUUUGUUGCUACAUAACAAAUGAUGAAUUGAUGACAUAAGGUUUUUGGGUUUUUUUUUUUUCUCUCUAAUGACAAA